GCUUUGAUGUACAUACUAUAGUAUGAACAACCCCAACUUCAAUCUGCUCACUCUCUAUCAGUAUAUAACAUACAUGCUCUGUGCAUGGGAUGCCAUGUCUCUAUUCUUAGUUCUUGAUUGCCUAGGCACAUUGAAAUUUUACUUUAUUCCCUCCGCCCACCUUAUCCUGCAGGCCUAGGGCGAAACUGUUAACUAACACAUCUUGGACCGGAUAUUUAACACUGCCCUAAUUACCUUCAAAAGAGGGGGGCGAAGGGUGAGGUUUCCUUAACAUUAUGCCCAGCCUCCAAUGACUAAGAUAAAGUGAAAGAAGGGGAGAGCUUGGACACCUAAUAGAAAGAGUGACGGGAAUUGGAAGGGGAGAAUGUUCUAUUUACUACUCUACCUUAUUU